AUGGCACCGAUAGAUUACUCGAAAUGGGACAACAUAGACACAGAUUCCGAGCCAGAGAUGCCGUCUGCAACCCCGCCACCUGCUCCAGCCUCCUGGCACUCGUCUGCAUCCACUUCGACGGCAACACACGGCGCUUCAGGGCCCAUCUACGCCAUCACUGUCCGGUGCGACGUGGAGAAAAUCAGAUACCCACCUUGGUCCCCCACCACAAUACCCGCGGACCAUCCUGUUUUCUCGCAUGCCAUUCCUCCCGUCCCAGGGCUCAUUAAGGUGCCGCUGGUCCUCCACCGCGUUGGCACUCGGUCCGCCAACCGUGCCGACCUCGACAACCAGAUCGCCACGUAUCUCAACAUCAACCCCGACUCGGGCUUCGCGCCUCCGGCGUGGCAGUUACAUGUCGGUACCAUCGUGGUCGCGCGCAAGGACAGGAAGCCGUUAUUACCGCACCAUCUUGAGGGCGUGUGGAUGUACUGCGACCACAUUCUGGACCUCUUCGGUGAGGGAGAAGGUGCGCCGAGAUGGCGGUAUAAUCGGCAGGCCUUUGAAGAGUGGUGGGUAGGUUAUUGCGAGGAACAGAAGGAGUUUCGGCCCGGAAAGGGCGGGGAGGAGGAUCCGGACGAUUGGCGGGCGGUAAGGUCGCCGGUGCCCUCGCUGGGGCCCAAGCUAAGGCGGGAGCACGAACGGGAGCAGGAGCAAGAGUCGCCCGUGCCGGUGCCCGAGGUCGUGCUGGAGCUGGACUUGAAGCUGGGGCUGGGGCUGUCUGCUGUGGUAGGGGGAGCUUCUAGGCUACAAUCACCAACGACGUAA